AUAGCAGGAGACUCCUAGGCGGAUCCGCCUUCAAUCCGCCAAACCCGCGUAAGCUGCCUCAUCCGUUUGGGCGCCGCCCAGAGGAUCAGCUCCGCCUCCGAAAGUUCUACUGUCAUACAGCGGAUCCUGAGCGGACCCAUGUCGGAUCCCUGUACGCGGACGCGCCUUUCACAGAGGAUGGCUCCGCCCACUGUCAAACAGCGGAUCCUGAGCGGACCCAUUUCGGAUACCUGGAUGCGGACGCGCCUUUCACAGAGGAUGGCUCCGCCCACUUUUAACGGUUGAACUUAACAGCUAUCGCAGACGCUUAAAGAACCGGAGAAGGUCAAGACAUCAUCGGAGAUUUUCUGUGCUUUUUCGACUUUGGGCUGAAUCCUCUUGACUGACUUCAACUUUUCUGCCAUUGCCUCCUCUGCUGGGUUUGAUUGAUCAAGUAAGUCAACAUUUCUGUUAAUGGACACCUCGUCAGGCAUUAUCCCUUGCAUCUUGCUCAUGUUACGUUUAUGAUACAAUUGCCUUUGGAGCACAGAAGAUUUCAUUGCAACCUCAUUACAUUCCCUCCAUAUUGGUUUCUGCUUCCCACUUUACUCACACAGUCACAACACAUCAAUGGAACUAAAGCGCCCUGAUGUGGCAUGAAUGGUCUGCUAACAAUAAUGAGAAUAAUAAUGCCUCACACAUACAUUUUCAAGAAGGCCAUUUCAUGUAGCCGAAUCAAGUAGAGCAUCACAAAUGUUUUUUUUUGUCUAGUUUGUAGCAAUGAAACAGACAACACCACUAAAGUAUAUUCAACAAUGUAUUUAUUUAAAAAACAACAUUAGGAGCAAUGAUUAGGAACAUUACAUUAGGAACAAUGAUAAAUUGAUUGCAACCUGUCUUUCUCAAAUGUCUCUUUUAGAACAAAAAUGAAUAGAAAGACUCUGCCUGUCUCCUCAAACGCCUUAAGACGAAGGGCACGUGUUGACGUCCAAAAAAGGCUUCUUGACAUUAGGACAGACAUGACUGACAUGGACAUGACGGCAAUGACGGCAGAUUACAGAGUUCUCUCUGAGGACACUGCUCCUACCUCUUCAGCUGCAGAUGCAUUUGAUUCACUUGACGAUUUAAGUGAAGAGGACAUGGAUUUUGAUGAUGGGGAUGGGACAACAUGUUCAGAUUCUGAACCUGAUGUCCCAUCAGAUUCUGAACCUGAUGUCCCAUCCCCAUCCCUUUCCGAUAACAUUGCCAACUGGGCAGUGAGAUUUGGCAUUUCAAUGGUUGCCCUGACUGCGCUGUUGAGCAUACUCAACAUAACCCAUCCCAAUCUGCCCAAGGAUGGUAGGACCCUUCUCAAAACAAAAGUCCACUAUGAUAUUCAAGAGAAGGCUGGGGGGAACUACCAUCACUUUGGGAUCCUUUCCUCCUUAAGGAACACUUUAAAUAAACACGUCAAAAUACUGACAGAGGGCAUGACAUUGGGGCUGCAGAUUAAUGUAGAUGGUCUGCCUUUAUUUAAAAGUUCCACUUUACAGCUGUGGCCGAUCCUUGGAUUGCUAGUUACCGUCCCUAUGAAGGAACCAGUGGUGAUUGGGGCGUACUGUGGACCUAAAAAACCAAGUUCGGCCACAGAGUUCUUAUCAGAUUUUGUGACUGAAUUAAAGGAGCUCGAGGCUGGGUUUUGCUUUGGUGAUAAGAACCUCACAAUUGAGCUUCACACAGUAGUGUGUGACACCCCUGCACGGGCCUUCGUGAAAAAAACAAAGGCCCAUAAUGCUUACCAUGGGUGCGAUAAGUGCCAACACCCGGGGAAGUACCAGAAUCACCGCAUGUCGUUCCCUGGACCAGAGCACCCCAUUCGGAAGCCGGGGUAUACGUAG